CGCAAUAGCACCAAUUCUGCUCUGCGGCUUCUGAGACAUGUGCUUUGGCAAAUGGAUACCGAUUCAAGGGUCUGUUCGAUUGCCAGCGUCCGCGACUUGCGGCGGCCUCCAAUCGCCAUUUUAGCAGCGUUGCAAGCUUGGAGUUUCCCUUCCACGGAACGCUCAGAUCUGGCUUUUGCGGCCUUUGCACUUGGGACGAAUCCGCAGGGACGGGCUUGCCAGAUCACGUGGAGCUCCUAUGUCGAAGUGGACCUCUCUGUAACUAGCUCGUUAACAUUGCUGUUUUUCGUACCUUGCAUUGGUGCCACGUGCUAACUAGACUUCUCUAGGACAAGGACGACAAAUACCUGCUGUGAACAACAUGAAUCAACACACACAAAGCCGGGCCGCUAACAGCGGCAGGCUGGUGGGAGGCAAGCCUGCAACUUGGGGGCAAAGUGGUCUUCCUGCACCCUCACAACAGACUCGAGACUCCGUAGCACCUGACAGCUGGGCACAAGCUAUGGGUUCGAGGGCAAAUACUCAGCUUGAUCUCUCCGCGUCUUCCUUCCCCAGCCUCAACAACAGUAGCCUCCAAUCACAGGGUCAUAGUGUGGGCUCCAGUGCAUGGCAAACUGGGCCACCUCAGAACGAACAGGCACAACGACAGCAAAUGCAAGCUUCGCGGACGCACAUCUCUUCUCGACAGCAACAAAGCAAUGCCGGUCGAGACGGGUUCUACCCUACGGAUACAUACUCCAGGAAUGCCCCUAUGGAGUUCUCUGCGGAGUCUUCCCAGCCUGUACGUCGAACAAGUCAAGCACCAAGCGGACCGCCGGGACUUGCGCAACGACAACCGAAUCAACAGGGCGACAGCACGCCAGGUGAUCCCAGCAGAGUCACUUCGCCGUCCGGACAGACACAGAUUUCACGCUCACCCAUAUCUCAGAGUAUCAAUGCGGCCAUUGGCCAAGAGAGAUUUUUAGGGCAAGAUUCAAGGCCACAAUUACACGAUUCGCCGUCGCAGUCGCUUGGACUGCAGCCGCGGGACAUGUUCGCGGAUCGAGAAAUCGGAUCAAGAGCCGACCAUGACUCAAUCUUCGCAGGUAUGAGCGAAAAAGACAGAUUCGGAAUGAAGGGCUAUGUUGCAGAACAGGAUAAUGCGAGUCCGGCAGCAAGGAGUUUGAUGAGAGGAGUGGACCUGUCAACGCUCGGCAUUAAUAUGGGCUCUCAAGAACCCUUACUAUCAUCCUACCCAGGGCCGUGGGCCGAACCCAAUGCCACGCCGCUGCGGCCCUUGGACUCGGAGUACAGCAUCCCAGACUGCUACACAGUCAAGAAGAUCGCACCACUGUCAACUCGGAUCACCGGAUUUGUGGACGAAACACUAUUCUUCAUCUUCUACACCAUGCCUCGGGACUACAUCCAGAUGCUAGUAGCUCAAGAGUUGGUGGCACGCAAAUGGCGGUACCACAUGAGGGAGAAGCAGUGGCUCACUAGGGACGACGCGUCGCCUAGUCCGGUAUUACUGGACGACAAAGUGAGUGAACAAGGCUACUACAUCUGGUGGGACACCAAACUGUGGAAGAAAGUCCGACGGAUCUACACGUUGAGAUACGAGGACCUGGAAGAACAACCCAGCAUGGGGAAUCGACCAAUCCACGCAGGCGUCAUGGGUGCAAUGUCGGGAAAUGUCAACGGAGGAAUGGGUGUUGGCAAUUUCAACGCUGUACCUAGUCUGGAGAGAAUGGCUGCCACUGGAAGAGGCUUCUAGGUCACCACUCUCGAAGGUGUAUCACCGAGAGCUGAUUAUGUUGCGUGCCGCAGCGCUGCGAGUCCUGCAAAUGACGACUCUGUCGCUUGCCGGAGACAGCGUAUUUUGCUAUUGCAGACAACAGGACUGAGUUGUGCUCGAUUAAGUGUCAACACGCCGGACUUCCUUCAUUCCGCUAUUGAUAUCACGUGGCGCCAAGCCCUGUGUAACGUG